AUGGAGUACACAGCAUCUAAACCACUCGGACAGGAAACCCUCGAAUGCCUCGGUAUUCUACUUUUGGCCACAGACAACACACACGCUGCGCGUACGGAGGUUUUCUGCGCCUUUGACAAGAUUUUUCAUAUAGCAGCAUACAAAAGAUCAGAACCUUGGACUACACCUAAAGAACUAGCAGAGAACAUUUGGGAAGAGCGCCUGCAAAUGCGUGUUGCCACACCAUCCAACUUCUUCAAUCAUGUAUGGGAGGAAAUAUUGUUGGUCCUAAAUGAGUUCUACAUUUAUCUCAAAGAUAAAGAGACACGCACAGAACCUUUCAUGGGGCUACGCAUGGUUCCACAUACCAGGUUCCUCUUGAAGAUGCUUCAGAGCGGCUACAAUGGCCAACUCGCGGACUUCGCUACCGAGCUGGGAGAGGAGCAGCCGCCUUAUGCCGACCCGCCGAGCAACUUGGAUGAGAUUAUUGACCAGCGGAAACACGUUGACCACUUUCCCGCCAUGGAAGAUGUGUUGCUCGAAUGCCAGCAGAAUAAGCACGUUGGAUUAGCUGCCAUUCAGGUGCUCCUCCACGAAGUCGCUUAUACCUGUAGCCUGUUUGCGCAAACAGAAUGCAAUCCCUACGACGACGUUCUGGAAUAUUUUGCCUCGUACCGCAUCAGGCAGCUAUGCUACAUCUUCUCCAAUCCUACAAGUCGCUUAGAUCUAAAAUCACGUACGUACUGCGCAUCCAUGAACUACCGCGGUAUCGUCGACUUCGUUGUGCUCCAGGCAAGUGAAUUGCUUGAGCACUGUGACAGGAAGCUUCUGAGCUGGAUGAUGUAUGCAUGGUUUAUGCGCUGUGUAGCGUACACAUUCGGCGUUGAUACCCACCAAUACCUCAUUGCAAACUUCUACCGUAAAAUCGGCCUCGAGGAGGUGGCGGACCCGGAAGCUUAUGCAAUCGAGAAUUUUACGCCGGAAGGUCUCAAGGAUAGGUGCAUUCCAGGGCCUAUGGUGCAGCAGUGGCAACAAUACAGUAUCGUUCUGCAAGAUGUGCAGUUUGAAGCUACCGGGCCACGUAUUCAAAUUAAGCAUAUGGCGAAGCCGGUGCAGCCGUUGGGCGAUUCAGCAUGUGCGGUCUGUUUGGAGGUGUUUGACAUUCGGAAGGCGGCAAUGGUGGCGUGGAAGGUGCUACCCGCACAGCACCACAUACACAAGACGGCCGAAUAUGUGCGACAGUCGAUGCGAUCAGACGCGGAGCCUAAAACAGAGGUAGCGAGCGGAGAUAUAGCCGCUGUCACACUGCUCGAGGCCCUCGACUGCGACCACCGCCCGUCUUUCGCCGUUCGCGUACCACCGCAUCCAAAUCACGACGAAUGGCUCGACCUCGUAUACUCGAAUACGGCACUGCACGCUGUUGGUGGACUUUUGGCAAAAAUAACAGGAAAAGACGCGACGAGUGUCUUUGCUGAGGGUUCAAGGACGCAACUGGCUUUUAGGAACUGGGUCUGCGGUCGGGCUAUCCAAGGCGACCCAUUAUGGCGGGGACCUGCAUACACGUAUGAGGGACAUGUAUGGAAUGCCAUAACCAUAGGGCGCUACAGGAUAAUCAGUGGAAUACCGACGCUUCUACUGUGGGUUAACACGUCGCUAAGCGCAAAGGGCAACCGUCAAAUACAGGCGCCACCCAACAAAUCCUGUACAGACGCGCAGUCACCCUACUCACUACCUCCACCAAGUUCACCACAUGAAGAGCCGAGCAAUGGCGCUGUCUUAUCUCCGAGACACACUAAACAUGCAUCGUUUGACGGCAUGUUGCAUGUACUCCCAUCGGGUGUAAGAUCCAGCCCCCACACCGACUAUUUUCGCAGCGUGGAUUGGGCAAAUACACCGCUCGGUCCAAUGCAAUCAUGGUCUUCGGAUCUGCGCUGCAUGGCAAACAUGGUACUAAGCAAUACCGCUCCAGCUGUUUUGUUCUGGGGUGAACAUCUGAUAAUGCUGUACAACGAACCGUAUAUCCGACUACUUGGCCAUCUUCAUCCUUGCAUGGGCAAGAGCAUUCGCACUGAGGCUCCUGAGCAUUGGAUCUCUUUUGAGCCUAUGGUACACCACAUCAAAGCUACCGGUGAGCCUAUGGCUGAAUCCGAUAUGCUCUUGUUCAUCGACAAAGAUGGCUUCCUUGAAGAGACGCACUGGUGCUUUCAGUUUGUGCCAAUCUCGGAUCGCCAUGGCCGUGUUACAGCCUAUUAUCAAAGCUUUUACGAACUCACAAGUCACCGUCUCCUCGAGCGCCGCGUAUCUAGCUUGGUGGCUAUGGGCACACUGAGCGCUGAUGCAAGAGAUUUCCCGUCCUUUUGGAACACGACUUUACGCUCGUUAAGCUUGAACGACAAAGAUGUCCCAUUUGCUCUCUUGUAUGCCGCUGAACGACACGUGAGUGCUGAAAUGCCGUCAAUGACAUCGCCAGGCAGCAUUCCCCCGUUGGAUGGUUGUAUCCUGAAAGGUACCAUUGGCGUCGCUGCCAACCACCCAAUCGCACCCACCAACAUCAAUAUCAAUGACGACUCUUAUGUCCUGCACCCUGCUAUUCUGCGCGCCGCACAGUCUGGGAAAGCCACAGUUGUACAUUUGGAUGAUCUUCCGGAACCCAGCAGGGUUUUGGAGGGAAUCGAAUGGAGAGGUUAUGCCGAUCCUUGUCGUAUCCUUAUCGUAUGCCCCAUCAUUCCCACAACUGGCAAUCAAGUCGAAGGCUUUCUCAUCAUUGGAAUUAAUCCGCGCCGACCUUUCGACGAAGAUUACCAGCAAUACCUCCAUGUUAUGGUCCGACUGCUCGCUACGUCCCUGGCAUCGAUCGUUUUGUUUGAAGAGGAAGUCCGCCAAAGGGAAAAGGAUAUCAUUCAGGCUACCCAGAUCCAGGAACAACUCAUGGCUGAGAUACAGCUCAAAGAAAACAGGUUCCAACGAUUUGCGGAGCGUUCCGACGUAGCCAUCUUCAUAACCGAUCCUGCUGGCGCUUAUACAUAUCGGAAUCAGCGCUGGUAUGAGAUAUUUGAGGUCGCUUCGGCCGAUACGAAUGCCACAGAAGCAUGGUUCAGGAUCGCAUUUGAGGAAGACCUGCCCUAUUGCGAAUCUCUUUUCUGGAAGCUGGCCACAGAACACCAAUCCGUAUGCUUUGAGCUGCGGACUAGGAUGCCUUUCAUACCGCCUUCUAAUGAUUGCGAACAGGAACCCGAAGACACUCAACACUUUCGAUGGAUACUAUGUUCGGCUUAUCCAGAACUAAGCCCAGAUGGCGAGUUGAUAGAGAUAGUCGGCAACGUCACUGAUAUCUCGAAACAGAAGUGGGCCGAGGGUAUUCAAAAACUUCGUACAGACAGCGCGCUUCAAGGCAAACAACAUCUAGAACACUUUAUCGACACCACCUCGCAUGAGAUGCGUAAUCCGCUGAGUGCAAUCAUGCAAUGUGCAGAUUCCAUCACCUCCUCAUACGGGAAAGACGGUCGUCUGUCGCCAGCAGUUGGCGCCAUGUCCUCCUUUCUAGCAUCUACCCUGGAUGCGGCUCAGACUAUUUCCCAAUGUGCUCAGCACAUGAGACAUAUCGUGGAUGACAUACUCACCAUCUCCAAACUCGACUCAGGUCUACUUGACAUGACUCCCGUCAUUGCGCAACCAGAGAACGUUGCUAGACAUGCCGUCAAAAUGUUCGAUGCUGAAGCAAGAGCUGCGGGCAUCGAACUUUCGCUGGUGGUUGGGAAGUCCUACCGCGAUUUAGAGGUUGAUUGGGCGUCCUUGGAUCCGACACGAGUGUUACAAAUCCUUAUUAAUCUCCUCACGAACGCCAUCAAGUUCACACGGCUUGAACAACAGACUAGAAUGGUCAAGGUUACUCUCACAGCAAGUGCAACUGAGCCCAAAUCAGUCCCGGACGGAAUACAAUAUAACGACGAAAGGUUGAUAGGAAACGAUCAUCACCUGGAAGAGGACUGGAAGAGCGGGCAAGAGUUGAUUUUCUUGCAAUUCUUUGUCAGUGACACUGGCAGGGGUCUCUCGGAAGAGGAGAAGAGCACUCUCUUCACCCGCUUUUCGCAAGCCUCACCUCGGACUCAUAUCCACUAUGGAGGUUCUGGUCUGGGAUUGUUUAUCUCAAGACGUCUUACUGAACUUCAGGGCGGUGCUAUCGGUGUCUCCAGUGCACCAGGCAAAGGCAGUACUUUUGCGUUUUACAUCAAAACACGUCGAGCCAGCCCUACAUCGUCACGGAAAGGCAGCCUACCGCACGUGUUCCCCGAAGAUGUCAAGCACAGACCACAGAUGCCACAGGCAGGCCGGUCACGACCUACACAGCUCCAACGCGCCUUCACAAGCGAAUUUGAUCGACGGUCAAACUCCCCAGGCUCUGUUUUCCGACGACAGUCUUCAGACUCCAGCUCGAUGCCAACUCUGAUCGAACACGCUCAUGUCAAUCCCGAAUCCCUUGGUCUUCCCGAAGGUCCCGACCUGCAGGAACUCCAGCGCACAAAUAGCAUACCUGAGACUUUGCAUGUUCUUAUCGUAGAGGACAACCUAGUCAACCAGCGCGUGCUCAGCAAGCAAUUGCGCAACUUCGGCUGCGUCGUCAGUGUAGCGAACCACGGCCGAGAAGCCCUCGAAUUCUUACCGAAGACUACAUUCUGGAAUCACAACCACCCAAUGUCCGACGAACGUGCGCGAAGCGAUUCUCUGAAUACACCUUUUGCAGAGCCCAUAUGUACGGACCAAGAAGAGGAACAGCCCAUCGCACUGAGUCUCAUACUCAUGGACUGGGAGAUGCCGAUCAUGAAUGGACUUACUGCAGUGUCCGAGAUUCGCAAGCUGGAAGAAUCCGGCUUGUUGAAAGGUCGGAUCCCUGUCAUUGGUGUCACGGCCAACGUGAGAAAGCAGCAAAUUGACAUGGCUAUGGCGGCGGGUAUGGAUGAUGUGGUUGGUAAACCUUUUAGGGUAGCAGAGUUGCUGUUGAGGAUGAAGGAUGUCAUUGCUGUUUUGGGGAGUGAUGGCGUUAUGAAAUCGCCGGGGAUGGGUGGGUAUACCAGCUGGGGAUGA